CGGCGCGACCAGGGUAUAUAGUGCCCAGCGCCAGCACGCCGGCUCAUCUCGGCUAACCCGGGUGUUAUUGCAUAGACUAUCGAAGCGUUGAAGCGUUUUCCCGGUUCCGAGGAACCGAAUGAGUCGGGCUUCGCGCUGGCCAACAACGGCCUUGCGCUCUACGAGGUCCUCUCGCAGUCGCCCGCGCGCGCGGCCACCUUCGCAGCCAGCAAGCGCGGCUACGCGUCCGGGGCCGCCAUGGGCCCCGCGGCGCUGGUCGCGACCGUUCACCCGGCCCUGGCCACCCUCCCGGCAGAUAACGUGGUCGUCGACGUCGGCGGCGCGCAGGGCGACAUCAGCUUCGCGCUGGCAGCCGCGUUCCCGCACCUGCGCUUCGUGGUGCAGGAUCUGCCGGGCGUGAUAGCUCGCGCGAAGGAGAAGCCCGCAGCAACAGAAGCGAAAGGGCGAGUCGAGUUCCAAGUGCACGACUUCUUCACCCCUCAACCGAUCACCCCCGGCGCGCGCGUCUACUACCUCCGCCACGUCCUCCACAACUGGGGUGACCAGCAUGCGGUGCAGAUUCUGCGGCAGCUGCGUCCGGGGCUGCGUCCGGGGGCGCGUGUGCUUAUUCACGACCACGUGCUUGAACGAUACCCGGCGCAAGAGCCGAUGUGGAAGCGCAGACUUACCAGUGCCAUGGAUCUGAAUAUGCUGCAGCUCCUUAAUGCGCGAGAGAGGGACGAGGAGCAGUGGCGCGGACUCUUCCGGGAGGCGGACGAGCGGUUUCGCUGGGUUGGGGUCCGAAGGGCGGAGGGGAGUGCGUUGGCGGUUGUUGAGGUGGUCUGGGAUGAGAAUCCUGAUGAUUCCUAGUCAAAUGAUAGGCAGAGUCUCUUGAUACGAGCUCCGCGAAUUGAGCAGGGAUGUUCGCUUUCAGUACGGAGUACUCCGUAAUUUGAUGGGCAUCCGACGGAGGCCGGGAGGGAGGCGUUGCGUGGUGUC